AUGACUCUUCAUUAUAAGAAAGAUGGUACUUUUGAUAUGCGAUUUAAUUCAUCAAGAGCAGCUAUGUCAUCUGGCUUUCGUAUGAGUCAUUUCGGAUAUUCUGAAGGUGUCAGCUACUCACCAAUGCCUGCUGAACUUCAUUAUAAAAAAGAUCGCACUCUGGAUAUGCGAUAUAACUCUUCGAAAGCCUUAGCUACUUCAUGUCAUGUCAGUCGACCGGCUACUUCUUCACAAUUACAUUAUAAAAAAGAUAGUACUUUGGAUAUGAGAUAUACAUCUUCGAAAAAUGUUAUGACUAGUUCGAAAUCUGGAUAUACAUAUUCCGGGCAUGACAUGCCAAGAAAUAUUCCGGUGACAAAAGCUGGUAUUCCAGAUAUGAGAACAACAGCGGCGAAAGAAUGGGUUAAAGAACAAGCACGAAUGAGAAUGAAUGAUAUUCCUUCGUGGAUACCUAGAACUAAAGAUAAUUCUCUUGAUCUUACAAAAGCAGUAACACAGGAGUAUUUAAAAUGCAAAGAUACAACAUCAACAAAUUAUGUUCCUGAUCAACGAUUAGCUUAUUAUUGUCAAAAACUAGAAGAUAUGCUCUUUCGAAAACUUAUCGAAGAUGCUCGAAGAGAACAUGUUAACAUGCCUGAAUAUGAAAUCUUACCUGAAACUAGCGAAAUUCAACGUCAAUUUUCUUCUCGAUCAAUAAGAAGUUCUAUUAGAUGUGACGAUGAUGAUUAUGAUAUACGCAGUGAAAUUCCCGAAUUAGUUACAUUGAUUAAUUACAGAGAUUUGAAAAUUAAUUCUGAAGAUAAAUUAGGUCAAGGUUCAUUUGGUAUUGUCUAUAAAGGUAUAUGGAAAAAUCAGACUGUAGCUGUCAAACAAUUACAUUUAAAUAAGUUGACUAGACAAGAAAAUAAUCCAUUUGUCAAAGAGAUCAAAAUCAUGUCAAAAUUAGGUAAACAUCCAAAUUUAGUUUAUUUACAUGGUUAUACAUUGGAUCCACUUUGUCUCGUAAUGGAAUAUGUUGAAUUAGGUUCAUUAAAUUAUUUACUUCAUUAUUGUGAAGAUUCAGAAAUUGAAGCCAAAAUAACCGACGGAAGAAUAAAAAAGAAACUUAUUCUUGGAAUUAUUCUCGGCAUGAUUCAACUACAUGCAGUGAAUAUUGUUCAUGGAGAUUUAAAACCUCAAAAUGUUUUAGUUUCAAGAGAUUAUACAGCCAAAGUGACCGACUUUGGACUGGCUACACUUCGAGCUAAAACAUCAAGUUCAAUUGCUUCGUCUAUGACACCGGAUGAUGGUGCAACCAUAUGUGGCACUGCAGGUUAUAUGGCUCCUGAAUUAUUAAGCAGUACAAAGCCACCGGAGUAUUCCAGUGAUGUAUACUCAUUUGGUAUACUGUUAAAUGAAGUUAUUCAAGAAGAAGAACCAUAUUUGGAUCAAUAUCACAAUUUUGCAGGACGAGGAGCAUUUGGUGCUGCAAAUUAUGCUCAAUCGGGCAAAAGACCAAAUAUUAAGUCAGGAACUCCACCUUUCUUGAACAAUCUCAUCGAAAAAUGCUGGCAUGCUUAUGCUCAAGGUCGACCAUCUUUUAAACAGAUUUAUCAAGAUUUAAAACCAGAUCAUAUUAAAUUUCCGAACUCUAUUGAGUUGUAA